CACUCACCACGUGGCAUCUCUCGCAUCCGUUUGAGGACCUAGGACCUAAUGGAAAGGGCAAUUAGAGUCGGUCUGAAGUUAAUUCCCAAGACAACCGGAAGCAACAGGUAGGAGAAAUGGCAAUUAAGCGGGAAGGUACCAACCAUCUUGUCGCAUAAAUCGCCGGAAACAGAAUAGUUACAACUUUAUCUCCCCUUCUUCUUUUCUUCAAUGUUCAUUAAACGACGUUGUUGUCUCCCAUUGUCAAUUAGGGUAUACGUAUCUGACUUGACUAGAAACAGCACAUCAGGUUUCAUGUGAAAUAAUGAAUAGUCCAUGAACCACCACCAGUCAAUUAUCAAUGUCGCCUUGGCUGGUUCCGUCAAAGAAGUAAAUAGGUCGCCUACUCUGUUUCUUUUUCGAGACUGCUCUACCAUUUUGGGGCUAUUUGACGCCUCAGGUAAACCCACCCAGCUUGAGCACUGCGACUAUUUAUCGGAUUCACUUGAAAAUUCACGCAACGCAUCAUACUAUCCUCUUCUUCAAAAUUGGACUUCUACAAGGAUACCCUUAGUACACAACCAAUAUGGCAAGCUUUAGUAGUUGGUUUUCACGCAAAUCAUCCCAAAGCAAGCCUGUCGAUAGCCCAUCGAUCUUGCAAGCGAACAAAGUCAUUUCCGGUCGGGUUACCAAGCCUGUUCUCCCAGCCAAGAUAAAAACCCAUGAAAAAUUAACCGGUGCUACGAGCGAGGCCACAGAUGAAUAUGAGGGAGUUGAAGCUACGGCGAUGCUCGCAAAUCCAACUGACCCCAAUGAUCCCGAUUUUGACUUGCCCAAUGAGAAUGAUGAAGAGGAUUAUAGAAACACCAGUGAAAUCAUAGAUGAAUCUGACUAUCGGUCAAGAUUCGCCGAUCAACAAGCAUACUACGACCAUGUCUACAGGAAGUUAAAAAGUCCCGUACAGAGUAGUAAACCACCGCCGAGUGACAGCUCCACUCCUUCAAGCAGUUCUAGUUCUCCCGAACCGGAUACGGACGAUGAAUACGACGAGGAUGAAGGGUGGCGCGUUGAACAAGUAUUUCUCAACCACAUUUUGAAGGCGCGGGAUGAAUACACAUUCAUGCCAUCGACUUGGAAAAUGCAUUUCCGGGGAAUUCCUUUACCAGAAGGCCUAUUUUACCAGCAAUCACAAACCAUAAGUACCAGACCGAGAAUAUACUCCCGUACAGAUAGAUAUGAAUAUCGAGGUGCCAUGGCUCUCCGUAAACUGAUAGAUCUUCACGGACGGAUCUACGACUUCCGCAAAGAACACAGCGAUGAUCCUAGGACUGCACAACGAAUCGUCGACGUUACUAGGCAAGGGCUCGUAGAGGCCUUACACUGGGCCGAAAUUGAUGGAGACCUCGCUAAGUAUAGCAAUUCUAUCGUUCCGAACGUUAGAAUCUUUGAGAUGCAGGAUAUGGAUAGAUUGGACAUGGAUGUACACAUCCAGGAUGAAAUGAGCGCUCUGGGCACGGCAUGGCGGGAGGCACUAGAACGUGUACCUGAGGAAGGGAGACCAAAAGCACCGGUCGUAUUCGGGUUUGUCAUCUUCAAGCAUAUCGUAUUUAUUGUUACCUUAGACGCCAACAACCCGGACGCCUUCUGCCAUAUUCCCUGCCAACUGAACAUGUCGGAAAGGAACCAACAUCAGUGGAAUGCCCUGGCAAUCAUGGUCACAGUUUGCUGGGCUAGGGAUAUUUUUAUGGAGGUGGUCAAAGAUAUACCCAUUUCAGAACUGGACAAGAAGGACGAAGACUCGUCGAGUGACCCGGAUGCCUAGUAAGGGUACAGAAAGCAGUUUCUGUUUAGGCGCGCAGAUAUAAAAAGCUAUCAAAGAGAAUAUUCUCGAUCUCAUAAUGAGAUUUCGUUAUCUUUCACGAAGGGGGGAUUUAAGGGGAUUCCAAGCAACUAAGUAUGGGCAAUGAAGAGGUAUGAUUACUAUACCCGGGUCUUGCGUCGGUAUGUAACCGAUAGUUUAACUGGCCAAUUAGCUUUUGAUAUCACAUACAUUAUUCAUGAUCGUUAUGAAAUGAUCCAAAUAACUGAAUUGACUUCUGAAGUUUAUUAGUUGAGUGUGGAUCGCCAAGUAG